AUGGGCUUCCCCCCUCUCCCACCCUUCCAGUCGCUGCAGGCCGCCGCGCUCAGGAGCUUGGAGCUCGCGGCGCUGCGCCAGACUGUUCUCUCGGCGGUCCCUGCGUGCCAGCCCGUGUCGCUGGCCUGCCCGCCAGCGAACAUCUCCUGUCCUGUGGCGGUCUUCCCGCCUCCGAUCUGCCCGCCACCCGUGGUCAAUCUCAGCUGGCCGCCUCAGGAGGGCGGCUCGGUGAUCGUGGGCGAGAGGCGCGUCGUCGAGGCUGGCGUCUGCGGCGGUGUCCUGGGAGUUUUUGCUGGAGCGGCCGCCACGGGCUUGGUGGCUCGGCAAGGUGAUUUCAUUCUCAUCAGAUACGACCUUCCUGGGGCUCCUCUGUUCCACGAGCGUUUGGUCACAGGGGUGAGCCAGUCGGUGCCAGGUCUUCUCGCCACACUCACGGCGGACGGCGAUCACUACGCCGAGGAGACCAGGAGUGACGACGUGGCGGAGGUCCGCUGGUCUGGAGUGCAGGGCGCGACGUCCGCGGGAGUGGAUGCUCGGCAGGUCUAUCGUUUCAGAGCCAUGCCCUCGGACGCGGAGCUGGAGCAGCUCAGGAGGGACGGAGCGCUGCUGGUGGGUGGUCCUCCCCCCGCUGCGCCUGGGCCCCUUGUGCCUGCAGGCGGCGCGGCUGCACCAGCUGCGGCGCCCGCCCCCGCGGCCGGGCAGGGUGGAGAGGCUGGAGUGGUCGGCCGCGCUGGAGCGGCGCCCCCGAUCGCGGCUGCCGCGCCCGCUGUUUGGCUGGCCACCGAGGGCUUCCGCGGGCGAGGAGAGCGUCUCCCUGAUCCGCUGCCGCCGAACGCUGAGGUGCACGGAGACGUCGCGCUGGGCCCAGUUCAGGGUGGAUGGGUCACGGCACCCCUGGUGCCCGCGGCGGAGAUAGACGCUUUCGUCAUCGACGAUUUCAGGGUGCUGCCUGUGAAGUUCAGUCAGGAGGGAGCCAGGCGCCGCUCGUUCACGGAGGCCGUGUAUCUUCAGGUUGCUGACGAGCCCGAGGGGGGACUGAUGUCGGACGGACCUUCCUCGUGCUUGUGGGUGCUCCGGUCGUGGAGAGAUGCUGGGCUGACGCCCGUUACUCACCGCGCGAACUGGCUGAGGGCGGGUCGCAUCCCAGAUGGCGACCGCUCGAUCCACGAGCACGAGGUCCUCUGCAGGGUGCUGGAGUCCAUGAUCAGCGUGGAUCAGCUCAACGCGCCCGCGCUCCAGAGCGCCGAGCUGGUCUGCCGUCGCCUACAGGUGAUCGAGGACGCGCGCGCUGUGUCGCCGUCGGCACCAGACUACUCCGCCGCCGACGAGUACAUGGGCUGGUCUGCUCACCGUGGUGGCUCGGCGGUCGCUCCUGCCCUCCAGAAGCACGUGGCGGCCAACCUGCGAGACAAGGCCGCGGUGCUCAAGGGGGCCAGGAAGGCCAAGGAGGAGCAGAAGCUACGCCGAGGGCCGACGGGGGCAGCCAAGGGUGACCCCGCCCACAACGGGGGGUCGGGGCAAUGGCCGCCCCGCGCCGCAGGAGCUGGCCGUCCCGCGGCGGCCCGCAGGACUACUGCCGCCUUUUCACGCCGUGGAGCCGCCAAGGAGCUCCUGGCCACCAGCCUGUCAUGCACGGGUGACGAGGCUCCGAGCCCAGCGGUGAAGUACGUCAGAUCCCGAGUAGACAUCCCAGAAGUGGAUGCGGCCGUGUCUGCGGUUGAGACGGUGCUCGACCCGAUCGGGAGGGGCUACGUGCUGGAUUAUGAGAGCAAGAUGAUGCUCACGCCUGACGAGUGGUCCAGGGUCCUCGACUCAGAGCCGCCCGUCACCCCGUACAUGGACGAGGUUUUGAAGAGUGAUCCUGGCGCCUACCACCUGUUCAUCUCAGACCAGGUGAAGGCCAACAUGCUGGGGUUCACGUUUCGUUCACAGGAUUUGGUGACGCCCUUCUUCGUGACGAAGAAGAGCGGCGCCCAGAGGCUCGUCUGGGAUGCGCGGGUGCCGAACAGGGUGCUGACCGAUCACGGUCCCGCCCUUUGCCUCCUCCCCUAUUGCGAUAACAUCAACGUCAUCGGCACGGACCCCGACCGCUGCAAUGUACAGCUGAACGCGAUUUGCGCUGAGUGGAGAAGACGCGGAGUUCUGAUCCAUGAGGUGGUGGAGGCGGCAGACACCUUCACCAGCUUAGGCCGUUUUGUUGACGGCGUCAGUGGUUUGGUUUGUGCUGGCCCCGAGCGCGCGGAGCGCCUACGUCAGGCGGCUUUGUGGCUGGAGCAACGGCCGAGAGUGACUGGGAGGGAGGUGGAGAAGUUCAUCGGGCAUCUGAUAGAUCAUGCCAUGCUACGAAGGGAGUUGCUUUGUAUUCUCAGAAACUUGUACGAUGUUGUAAGAGACUGCUACAGCAGGACCUCCAGCACGACCCCCUGGGAGCUCAACCCCGACUUCAUCGAGGUCCCCGCUGAGGCUCUGCAGGAUUAUGAUUGGAAGCAGGUCGUCUCCGCCAGGGUUCGCGUCAGAGAGUCCAUUACCAUAGUCGAGGGCCGAGCGGCCAACAUGACAUCCAGGCACGAUUUCAGGAAGGGCUUCCUGAAGGGCCGACCGCUUGUCGGCGCGACCAGGGCAGAGAGGAGCGCGAAGAGACAAGAGUCGUCGGGCCCUUUUCGGAUCCUCGACGAGGGCGACAAGGGUUUCCUGGAGUGGAACGCGGUGGCCCCGCGGACGCAGGCCUACUACGAGGAGGCCCUGACCGGGUUCAGUCGGUUCGCCAGCUCGCACGGCCUCGCGCCAGUCACCUCGGCGGACGCCGACUUGGCGCUCACGAACUACGCCGACUACGCGUGGAGCAUCGGGCUGGAGAGGGCCGAUCUGCUGGUCGGACUCAUGAUAGUGGUGAUGUUCUGGGCGUACCUCAGGCCAAGCGAGGUGGGGCUAGCCGACGAGAGCAUCCUUCUCGACUCGGUCGAGGUGCCGUGGCUGGGGCCGCUCGUCGCGGGGUGCCUGACGUGCAACCCCGCCGCGAUGCUCUUCCGCGCGGGCGCUCAGGAGCUGGGGCGGCUGUGGAGGCGCGCGUUGGUGUUCAGGCUUUGCCGCCGCGGGUCGCUGGCCGAGAUCAAUGACAGAGGUCGCUGGGCCUCCGACUACAGCAUAAAGCGCUGCGAGGCUCACGCUCUGGCGCAGCAGGAGCUCACGGAGCUGGGGGCAGUCUACGCCGCGUUGUCGACGCGGCCUUUCCUCGAGCUCAUGUGCGGGUCCGCUCGCCUGGCCAGUGCCGUCGCCGCCGCUGGGUGGGCUGCGCAAGGCUGGGACCGCGAAGACGGGGAGGCCGCUGACCUCAGCGACCCUGCCGUGAUCGCCCGCCUCGAGCGCAGCAUUCUAGAUCAUGAAGUGGAGGGAGGCGCGUACACCGUCGACUUCGAGUGCCAGAACGAGGAGGGGCGGGAGCCGGGGCACGGCGUUUGCGUGCAGCUGGGCUUAGCUCGGGGCACCAUCGUUCAAGACACAGCCUGGUGGUCCUUCCUCAGCCCGACGGUCCGGAUCCCGAGCACCGGGGCUGCGGAGUGGGCCGGGCCUCCAGGCAAGCUCACGCAGGUGCUGUUCGGCAAGCUGCAGUUUGACCCAGCACGCGCGCGGCUGCUUCGGAUGCGGUUGCGCAGCAAGGCGGCGGCGAAGAUCUCCAGCCGUGCGCACACUCG